GGAAGCAGCAGCAAGAGGCAGGAGCAUCGAUCCGAAGGAGACAGCGCGGGGAGGGGGACGCUGGGGGCAGACACCCUCCCGCGCGCGCGCGCGCGCGCACACACACACACACCUCACACAUAGUCACACACAAGCCAUAGGGCCUCACAGGCAGAGAGACGGCUCCGGGACCGGAGGGAGGCAGAGCCGCCGAGAGCGGCCGGGAGGAGGGGGCGAGGCAGCGGGGGGAGCCCUCGGUCCCGCUCCUGCGUCCGGGGGCCCCGCGCUCACACCGGCCCAGAGACACCCUCGCAGACACCCGUAGGCGCGCACGCGCACCCUCUCCCCUCCCCCUCCGCCUUCCCUCCCGCCGCCUCCCGGCCGGACGAUGGAUCCCUGCAGAUCCCGGGGCUGAGAGCACCGCGCACCGCGCCGAGCCCGGGCGGACCGAGCCGAGGCGAGCGAGCGAGCGCGCGCGGGCGGGCGGACAGAGCCGAGCGGAGCCGGGCCGGGCGGGCCGCUCCCUGCAGGGCUCUGCGCGGCGUGCCGCGGCAGCCGCGGGCUCCGGCUCCGGGCCAUGAGCCCCUCCGCGGCUCGGCGCUGAGCCCGAGUCCGGCCCCGCGCCCCAGGACCCGCCGCCGCUUGCCGGGUUCCCGAAGCCCCCUCAGGACCCCCUCGGCCAGGAUGGAACUGAAGGCCGAGGAGGAAGAGGUGGGUGGCGUCCAGCCGGUGAGCAUCCAGGCCUUCGCCAGCAGCUCCACGCUGCACGGCCUGGCCCACAUCUUCUCCUACGAACGGCUGUCUCUGAAGCGGGCGCUCUGGGCCCUGUGCUUCCUGGGCUCGUUGGCUGUGCUGCUGUGUGUGUGCACCGAGCGAGUGCAGUACUACUUCCACUACCACCACGUCACCAAGCUCGAUGAGGUGGCUGCCUCCCAGCUCACCUUCCCCGCCGUCACGCUGUGCAAUCUCAACGAGUUCCGCUUCAGCCAAGUCUCCAAGAAUGACCUGUACCACGCUGGGGAGCUGCUGGCCCUGCUCAACAACAGGUAUGAGAUACCGGACACACAGAUGGCAGAUGAAAAGCAGCUGGAGAUACUGCAGGACAAGGCCAACUUCCGCAGCUUCAAGCCCAAGCCCUUCAACAUGCGGGAAUUCUAUGACCGUGCAGGGCACGACAUUCGAGACAUGCUGCUCUCCUGCCACUUCCGGGGGGAGGUCUGCAGCGCUGAAGACUUCAAGGUGGUCUUCACACGGUAUGGAAAGUGCUACACAUUCAACUCAGGCCGAGAUGGGCGUCCACGGCUGAAGACCAUGAAGGGUGGGACUGGCAAUGGGCUGGAGAUCAUGCUGGACAUCCAGCAGGACGAGUACCUGCCCGUAUGGGGAGAGACUGAUGAGACGUCCUUCGAAGCGGGCAUCAAAGUGCAGAUCCACAGUCAGGAUGAACCUCCCUUCAUCGACCAGCUGGGCUUUGGUGUGGCCCCAGGGUUCCAGACCUUUGUGUCCUGCCAGGAGCAGCGGCAGCUCAUCUACCUGCCCCCGCCCUGGGGCACCUGCAAAGCUGUUACCAUGGACUCGGAUUUCUUCGACUCCUACAGCAUAACUGCCUGCCGCAUCGACUGUGAGACGCGCUACCUGGUGGAGAACUGUAACUGUCGCAUGGUGCACAUGCCAGGGGAUGCCCCAUACUGCACUCCAGAACAGUACAAGGAGUGUGCGGAUCCUGCUCUGGACUUCCUGGUGGAGAAGGACCAGGAAUACUGUGUGUGUGAAAUGCCCUGCAACCUAACCCGCUAUGGCAAGGAGCUGUCCAUGGUCAAGAUCCCCAGCAAAGCGUCAGCCAAGUACCUGGCCAAGAAGUUCAACAAGUCUGAGCAGUACAUAGGGGAGAACAUCCUGGUGCUGGACAUUUUCUUUGAAGUCCUCAACUAUGAGACUAUUGAGCAGAAGAAGGCCUAUGAAAUUGCAGGGCUCCUGGGUGACAUUGGAGGCCAGAUGGGCCUGUUCAUUGGGGCCAGCAUCCUCACAGUACUGGAGCUCUUUGACUACGCCUAUGAGGUCAUUAAGCACAAGCUGUGCAGAAGAGGAAAGUGCCAGAAGGAGGCCAAAAGGAGCAGCGCGGACAAGGGUGUGGCCCUUAGCCUGGAUGACGUCAAAAGACAUAACCCGUGUGAGAGCCUCCGGGGCCAUCCUGCCGGGAUGACGUAUGCUGCCAACAUCCUACCUCACCAUCCGGCCCGAGGCACUUUUGAGGACUUUACCUGCUGAGCCCCGCAGGCCACCGUACCAAAGGCCUAGGUGGGGAGGGCUAGGAGAAUAAGGGGGCCCUCAGUUGCGCCCCUCCGCAUCUGCCCUGGGGACUCACUCCCCCCUCCCAAGGUAGUCCCCCACUCCUGGGCAGUCCUUUCCUCUUGUCUGUGGUGAGGAAGGAGUCUUGACCAUAGAGCCCUCUCCCUGCCUCUAUCCCGUUCUUUUUAUUUUUACUGAAACUAAUCUAAAAAAAAAAAAAACUUAAAAAAAACUAAAAAACUAAAAACUAAAAAGAGAGAAUGGGGCAGGUGACCUCAGGCCGCCCCUUUCUGCUCCAUGCUGCCUCCCCCAGCUCCCAGCCUGAAUUAUGUCUGUCUGGCUGUCUGUCAUCUGACUGUCCACCUACAUUCUGCUGCCACCAGUCACCAAAGCCCCUCCCAGUGGGGGGUGGAGGGGAUCCUUGGGGUCUGGAAUUUGGCCCCGAAUCAGAGAAUGUACCUUGAAGGGGAGGGCUAGUUGCGGGGGGGGGGGGGGAGGCUUCCCCAGCCUUAAGAGACCCUCUCAGCCCAGUGCCCCCCAACCGCAAAUUUCCAGGCAAGAACUAAGACCCUAGUCCCCAUUCCCACCCCCUUACAUGUGAAGUCUCUAUCUAGGGAAUUGGGGAUGGGAAUACCCCGAAGAAGUGGAUGAUGGGGAGAAGAUGUGGCCCUGGUGCUGUAGGCCACAUCCUGAUACCUACAAGUUCACCCCCACCCCAGAACUGCUGGAGAGAAAUCCCAAGAGGUAGCACUCCUCUACUGUCCCAUGAAAGAUCCAGCUGGUUGGCUUCCAGCUCAGGGAGAGGGACACUGGUGCCUAACCUCACUGGUCCCUCUCCCAGGGGCCCCUGCAGAGGGCCGCAUCCAUAAAUUUUCUUAUGGAACUCUCCCAAGUCCUCUCCCCCAACUUCAUUUGCUUCUCUCAACAACCUCAUCUGCAUUUUCUAUUUCUAUAUGAUACAGACUCUAUAUUGCUAUAUCUCUGUAUAUACUUUCCCCUAACUCUGUCUGUCUCUACCCCAUCCCCUCUUGUCUCUAAGAACCAUCCUCCCGCUCCAAGUCCCCCUUUCUGUGUUUCUACUCCCUCCCUGGUCUCUGAAUGCCUUCGCCUGUAUAAAGAGUUGGACUCUCUCCCCUGGUGUCUGUACUGUGUACACACAUCCCUCUGAGAAGCACAAGGAGACGACACGCGCAUUGUAACCUUCGCACUGUCUCGGUGGCGACAUAAAGGAAGCUGUGAAUCACAAGCUCUGCCUCUUUCUGGCCUCACCCUCUGCCCCCAACCCGGGCACCCUAUGCCCUUCCCGUAGCCUUAACAUUCCCUCCCCUGUUUCACAAUCACAAAGCCCUUUGCCUGGCUGACUGUGGCCUCCCCGGGGAAGGGAUAGCUGCGGAAAGAGACCCUGCCCAGGGAGUGGAGAUCUGCUCUGCACACCAAGCCAAGGGUGUCAGAGACAAGGGGAACUAUGGUCUUGUAGCUGGAGAGACAGAAGUUCAGGUCCUCAGCCAGUGACCUUUCCUUCCUUCUGGGUGCCCAGCCUCCUUUCCUCACCUGAUACCUAAGCCCACCACUUCUAUUUUCUGGUGAGGUAUGGUUUGGUAAUGGUGGGGAAAAAUACAGGUUUAGAGGGGAAGUUGAAAGCUCUGCUCUUCUGUCUCUCCCUUCCUAUCUUAAUGAGAAAUGAGUGAAGUAGAGGGCCUGCCAUGCCCCCUCCCCCAGGCACUCCUCCUAGGCCAGAGCCCUACCCCUUCCCAGGCCUUCUCUGCCCAACUGUCUCUUGGUCUCCAACCCCAGAACAGGACCUGUGGCAGGUCACCUGUGCACUGCCUGGAGCUAGAGAGUGAGGCUAUGGGAUGUUGGGGAGCUCUUGGUUCUUAGAAGUUCCUUGGAGAUCAGACCUCUCCAGAGGGAAGCAGGAACAAGGCCAAGGGGUGUGCACCGGAUGGAGAACAGCAGGCAGGGCUACGGGUGACGCAUGCCUCUGGUCUAAUAAACUGGGUUUCAACCAUC